GGGACACCCUGAAUUGAAUUAUAGAAUUCAUUGAAAUCAUAUCGGCCUAGGUUAUAGAAAGAAAAACAAAACAAACACUUUCUAUUUUGAGAAUAAGCAGCUAUUUAUUAUUACAGGACAGGAUGUAGACAUCCUGCACAGCUUAUUUGUUAAGAAAAUCGAAGAUUAAGCCUUAUUCUUAGACUACCACGCGUUUUCGUUAGUAAAUCAUAACAUUAAAAUAAGUACAUAACAUCAUCAAAGUAGUGUGGGUGGUUUGUCGUACUCUAAAUGAAGAACGUCUAUAUUAAAGAAAAGUAACGCCAGGUAAAUUAAAUUGUAUUUGUGAUUCCACGAAAAACGUUUUCACUUGGAUUUAUAUGAGAUUUUUUUCAGUCUGGUAACUUUCUCACAAUGAGAGCUAUUUAUAGUCUGUUAGUUUGGAAAUACUAUUAUACGUUUCACAUGUUUUGGUGGGAUAUGAUUUAAGUAUAAUCGCCGUAAAAUCAUAAACAAGAUUUGACCGAUAGACAGUAUCAGCGCGGCUGCCGAGCGUUCGCUACGCUCUCUAUCUGUGUGGCAGUGUGGUUUUCUUGGAAGCUGGGCUAGAAGCGAGUGUUCGAAUGCCACGGGAGACCAUUUCACCGCUGGCUCUGGCGAUCAGGCUGGGCUAGGCUAGAUCAGGGGGAGAUCCUUUAAUCCCACACCAGUCUCGAUCCCCACUCCGCUCAGUUCGCUCGCACCCACACGUAUUCCCAGCAACUAUGGACGAAAAGUUCAUAGAUUGCGUAAAAAGGCAUCCUUGUCUUUGGAAUACUAGAAUAAAUAAGUAUAGGGACUUAGACCUCAAAUCAGCAGCUUGGAAAGAUGUUGCUGCAAAAACACAGAUGAAGAAUAGUGCAGCAGCAAAAAAUAAGUGGAAAUACUUAAGAGAUGUGUACCGCGAGACAAUAAAAAAUUUUUUCAAGAAUAAAAACACAAUCAGCGACCAUAUGAAGACAUGGAAAUAUACCGAUCAAAUGAGUUUUUUGCUUCCACACAUGAGUGUUUCAUCACCUCCAGAUUCCUCGCUAGUUCAGGAGGAUGCAGCUAAUACAGAACCAGAGAGGACACCACUAUUAAAAAUGGAAACCUUUGAAAUAAUUAAUCCUACAGAGCCUCCAUUAUUAAUGGAGAAUAAUCCAGAACUAACAACUGUACAGAGGGACGAGUUACUUACAGAAGUAUUUACAUCAAGUGAUCCGUUGAAAGUUUUUAUGGAUUCAAUGUACCUAAGCAUGAGGAGAAUGCCAGAGUAUAGUCAAGGAGAAAUUAAAAAAAAAAUAUUAAACUGGGUAGUGAAAACUGAAGAUGCUCUUCCCAGAGGGAUGAAGGACAUUCCUGUACAGAAGGACAAGUUACAUACAGAAGCAAUUAGAAGUGACCCUUUGAAAGUUUUUAUGGAUUCAAUGUACCUAAGCAUAAGGCGAAUGCCAAAGUAUAGUCAAGGAGAAUUAAAAAUAAUGCUGUUAAAUUGGGUACAGAAUACUGAAGAUUCUGUUUCCAGGAAUAAUUUAACGAUUCCUGCAACGAACCAGACAGAUUAUUCUAAUAUACAGUUUGCUGAAAUUCCUGGACCCAGCGGUACAGCCCAUGUGCAGAAAAUUGUAUAUGAAGAUAAAAGUAAUUCAGAGCUUUUGGAAAUCGUUAUAAGCGAUGAUAGUGAUGAUUAAUAAGUUUAGUUAUUGCUCUAUUUUAAUUUAUUGUUGUUAAUUUAAGGAAAACUUACAUUCGCGUUAAGGCAAAUAAUGAUCUCUUGUAAUAUAAUUUAGUUCAAAUCAACCUGGUUACUUGGAAAGUAUUCCAGGAGUUUGAAAAUUUGUGAUUGUGUGUAGAUUUCGAUGUGUUCUUCCCGAAUUUUAACUUUGUGACAGCGCGCGCACCGCCGUACUUAUUGAAAAAAUGCCGCCUUAUAGAAAGUUUUUGAUAAUAUGUCCCUUCCUAUUUCUUUCUCGAUAAAAUUAUUUAUACAAAAAUAAAGUAGAUAAAAGUAGUAGAUAAACUGUCACUUAGACAUGUAUUUUUUAUCCCUCGGCAUAACUAGACACCCGGCAGCGUUUCCAGUCAAGUGCAAAGACAAAAGAACUGGCAACGUAGCCGCCGCGUGUAAUAUACAGAAACCAUUACGAGCUACUUUUGACCCCCUCACAACUCAAAACCUAUUUAAUAUUUAGUUUAAAAUUAAUUUAAUUUACCAGUUUGGCCAUUCAACGCGGAAAUGCAGCCAGUAUUCUGGGCGUCAUGUCGCAAUGUUUGCUCAGCGAUUUAGGACAUAUUUUAUUUGUAAAUAUUUAGUCUAUGUACUAAUUCAUAAAUAUGUAAUAUAUUGCAAUGACAAUAAGAUUUUAUGUAACAAAAAAUACCCGU